ACUGCGGACACAGUACAGGAGAUGACCAGAGACUGCGGACACAGUACAGGAGAUGAUCAGAGACUGCGGACACAGUACAGGAGAUGACCAGAGACUGCGGACAUAGUACAGGAGAUGACCAGAACUGCGGACACAGUACAGGAGAUGACCAGAGACUGCAGACAUAGUAAAUAAUGGUAAAUGGUAGCACCAGUAGUAAUUCCCUGCGCACCACCUGGGAUCACUCGGCCCACGUUCCGGACCCCACAGAUGAGCUGCCCAGCCACUGAGGACUCAGGGAUCUGUCGAGCGGGAAUUGACGUCAUCAGCCGGCACACAGAGAAGGAAAGCAGAAAUCUCACGAGA